AUGGAAGCACAAAUGCUGUAUAAAAAGGAAAUCCAUCAUGUAGAAAGGAGGUUGCCGCGAACCAACAACAUACCAUCAUCUAAAAUGGGAUUUAGGAAUCUGUAUGAUUUAAAGAAGUCAUCUUUAUUGUUGGGCAGCCGUACUUCCAUGAGAGGGCAAUGGACUGUGGAAGAAGACAAUUUUUUGGUGAAAUUAGUGGAAGAGCAUGGAGUCAAAAAGUGGACGCAGACUGCAAAAAAGCUGUAUGGUAGCAUUGGGAAGCAGUGCAGAGAAAGAUGGCAUAGCCACCUUCAGCCCGGCUUCAAGAAGGAAACAUGGACUGAAUCGGAUUUGCUGAACGAAGCACACAAGGAGUUGGGCAACAGUUGGGCAGAGAUAGCGAAAAAAAUUCCUGGCAGAAGUGAAAAUUUCAUAAAAAAUCACUGGAAUGCUACCAAAAGAAAGCUGAGCUCAAAAGGAAAGAGCAGGAUUCGAAAAACAACAAAAGGCAAAACCUUUCUACUUCAAGAGUACAUCGUUAAAACCACUGAAUUCCUCAAUAACUCCACAACCACAAAAGAACAAAUUCUUACCACAACCAAGGCUGAAACUUCAGAUUUAAAUUUCAUUAAUGGUGGAGAUUAUUUCAAUGAGAGCUUGGAAGAGACGUUUGAUUUCAUGGCUGCUUCUCCUCCUCAAUUUCAUGAGAUAUUUGGAAAGGAGGUUAAUGAAAGUUCUAGCAAUGGAGGCAAUCAAGACUUCUAUUCAGAUUUAUACCUUUCGUAUCUCAUGGAUGGCCUGCUUGUAACUUCUGAAUUUGUGGAAUUUCAUGGAGAGAGAUUGGAGGAUUUGAUAGAACAUAUGGUGGAUUUAGGAUGCAAGAAAGAUAUGGAUUUGAUAAAGAUGAUUUCAUUAUGCUCUUCUCAAGGGUGUUCAAGCAACUAUACUAGGAGAAGGUCAUAUGACUAUAACUUCACCUGA